AUGCACCGCAUCCGCACAUGGGCGCGGAGUAAGGCCCGUGGCACACCACUGACCACUGUCAAUUCACACACCCGACACGCCAACGCCUCCGGCCCUUCGAGAACCUCGCGCGACGGCGCCGCUGCCGCCCCGGCACCCAACGAUGGCGCCGCCGACAGCAAGCCCGGCACCGCGCCGGCCACCGCCAACGGCGAGGCAACCGCUGCCGCCCAGGGCGUGACCGACGAGAAGCCGCCCCGGGAGAAGAAGAACGUCGCCGUGCGCUUCUUUGUCACCAUCAAGAACAUCCUGCUCUCCAGCUGGAUCAACCUCAUGCUCGUCUUUGUCCCCGUCGCCAUCGCCGUCGAGGCCACCCACCAGUCCGCCGGCAUCAUCUUUGCCAUGAACGCCAUCGCCAUCAUCCCCCUCGCUGGCCUGCUCAGCCACGCUACCGAGAGUGUUGCCAGGCGCAUGGGUGACACUGUCGGCGCCCUCAUGAACGUCACCUUUGGCAACGCUGUCGAGCUCAUCAUCUUCAUCAUCGCCCUGGUCAAGGACGAGAUCCGCAUUGUGCAGGCCUCGCUCCUGGGUUCCAUUCUGGCCAACCUGCUGCUCAUCCUGGGCAUGUGCUUCUUGUUUGGCGGUCUGCGCUUCCGCGAGCAGAUCUACAACAGCACUGUCACCCAGAUGAGUGCCUGUCUGCUCAGUCUGAGCGUCACGAGCCUGCUGCUACCGACCGCAUUCCACGCCUCGUUCAGCAGCAACGACGACGCCGACGACAAGGUCUUGCCUGUCAGCCGCGGAACAUCCGUCAUCCUGCUGCUUGUCUACGGGCUCUACCUGCUCUUCCAGCUCAACUCGCACGCCUACAUGUACGAGUCGACGCCUCAGCACAUCAUCGAGCGCGAGAUGGUCCCCGGCCCGGCUGCCCACUAUUUCGACUCGUCCAGCAGCUCCGACACCUCUUCGUCUUCCAGCUCCGACUCGGACGACUCUGGCAAGUCGCGCAGCACCGCCAAGAAGAUCAAGCGCGCCGUCAAGCGGAGGAUGAGCUACAAGCACAGCUCUUCGUCUUCGAGCGACGAGGAGAAGGAAGUCGCCAAGAAGGCCAUCGCCGACGCGGCACUGGUGCCCGGCGAGUCUCCCGCCAACGGCUCGUCCAAGCCCGAGAUCCUCGUGCCCGCCAACGGAGUCCAGGAGGCUCUGGACACCAAUGCCAUCGCCGAUGACGAGGCCGACGAGAAGCCCAAGGCCAAGACCCAUCGCAAGAAGCACAAGCACCACAAGAAGAAGAAGAGCAGCUCCGCAGAGAACGUCGUCGCUCAGCCUGCCGGCAGCCCCACCCACCCUGCCGAUGAGUCGGAGCCUCGCCGCGUCGACUUUGCUCUGGCUCCGGACAUUGAGGCCCAGACCGACACCCGCCCCAAGCCCUUCUCCCUGCGUUCUAUCCGGCCCCAGAUCCCCAAGACGAUCUCACAGAACGUCUUUACUAAGAACCCCUACAGCGCCACCGACGGCGCAGGAGCCGAGGCCGCCGGCCCCGCUGCUCCUACCCGCCCCAACUACGACCUGCGCCGCGCCAACUCGCUCCCCGUCGACCACCGCAGCUACCGCGCCCAGCCGGGCGCCAUCCCGCCCAUCGUCCCUGUGAUUGUUAACGGCACUCCCAAGACGCAGGCCGCCGAUGACGACGAGGAGGACGAGAAGGAGAUCUCGCGCACCACCGCCGUCCUGCUGCUCCUCGUCUCGACGGGCCUCGUCGCCGUCUGCGCCGAGUUCAUGGUCGACAGCAUCAACGAGGUCGUCGGCGACGGCAACAACGGCCUGUCCGAAGCCUUUAUCGGUCUCAUCCUGCUGCCCAUUGUCGGCAACGCCGCCGAGCACGUCACGGCCGUCACGGUCGCCAUGAAGAACAAGAUGGACCUGGCCAUCGGCGUCGCCCUGGGCUCGUCGAUCCAGAUCGCCAUCUUUGUCACGCCACUCGUCGUCAUCCUCGGCUGGUGCAUGGGCAAGGAGAUGACGCUCUACUUUACCCUCUUUGAGACGGUGAGCAUGUUUGUCAGCGCCUUCAUCGUCAACUUCCUGGUGCUCGACGGCCGGAGUAACUACCUCGAGGGCGCGCUGCUGUGCUGCUCCUACGUCAUCAUCGCGGUCGCUGCCUUCUACUACCCGGCUUCUGGUGACGCCAACCAGCUCGGUGGCGGGACGGGCAACCACACGACCGGCGGCAACUCGACGCAGACAGAGGUCGUGGUCAAUGCGGCGAGGAUGUUGGCCAGGAAUGCUGGCGUGACGUUGUGGUGA